AUGCCUCAUUCUAUGCCCCAAACCUCUGUGGACCUUUCCGAAACUCGUCAACCCAAUUUGUAUGCUUCUUCAACAAUACCGCUAUUCAUCGCAUGCCUCUGUGUCGGUCUUCGAUUCUGGAGCCGUUGGAAAAACGCAGCAGGCUUGUGGCUUGAUGACUGGCUGAUUCUAGGCUCACUGACUUUCGGACCAACUGCGACAGAGAAAGCAUUUAUCGGGCUAUUCUCUUGUGAACUUACAUACACUGGCAUCGUUGUCCUUGUCAAGUCGUCUAUCCUGGCCUUGUACUGGCGUAUAUUCAACAGAACGAACAUCAAAAUUCCCAUCAGCAUUCUUGCCACAGCAGUUUGUAUGUGGGGUAUCGCCGUAACGUCAGUUGGAACUGGGUCAACCAGGCCAUUUGGGCGACCGUCGAAGCUGACUUGGCAAUUGUCUCAGGUGCGUGCCAUCGUGAAGAUCAGAAUGGCUCAUCAUAUUUACUGCAUCAAAGCUUGCCUUCCAACCUUGCGACCGGUAUGGGUUGCAGUUCGACGUACAAUUUUUGAUUCCCAGUCAUCAAACCAAUCGGAAGACCCACCCGGAGCUACGCCUCCGAUACGUACUCAAGGCCCGUCAUGGGCCACAAGGAUACUCAAAUCCAACUCCGAUGAUCAAGAAGAAAUAGAGCCUUUCUCUAUUGUGAGUCAUACGGAAGAAACACCACACAAUUACUCGACAGUCGACAGCUCGUGUAAUGACACGACCGUUGGAAUCCCAUUAUCGACCGUCAAGAAACAAGCCAUUAAUGAAGAAGAAGGCAUCACUAUUAAGAGAGCUUGGGAUGUUGAGUACAAUCAAUAUAGCCACUCGAAUGUCUAG